GCGGGGCCCAUUACCAGUCCAAGACACUCUCAUGCCGCUCUGCCUGGACUGUUUCGCCUUCCUGGCGCCACGGAAACACCAGACCUCGCCUGAGGAGGAGCAUCUGACCAGAGGACUUGGCAGUGCCGCCAAGGGUUCAGCUCGCUCAUGCUUUGCCAAAGAAGCAGGGCUGGGAGGCAUUGCUACAAGAGGAGGAUGUGCAAUGGCUGCAUAUUGGUGACGGCUGGCUUCCGCCCUUGGUGGAGGUGCUCUCCAGCAGAGUGGGAGGUGCCUCUAAAGCUGCGUGUGGGAGAGAAGGAGUUCAGGAGACUGGUGAAGCCUCCGAGUGUGGAAGCCUUGUGGGAGUGGUACGAGGAGCAUGGCAAGACGUCGGCAGACCCGUCCUGGGCACAGGUUUGGCCCUGCGCUGCUGCGCUGGCCCUACUGUUGACCCGGCAGCCUGGGUACACCGUGCGAGGGAAGCGUGUGGUGGAGCUGGGCGCUGGUCUGGGUGUCGCUGGCCUAGCAGCCGCCUUGGCCGGUGCUGAUGUAUUGCUUUUAGACCGGGAGCCCUUGGCGUUGCACUGCGCGGCCUCUACGGCCGCCUUGCAAAGCCUGCCCGUGGGCGCUGUGGAUGCGCCCCACGCGGAGCACAUGGUCCGGGCUGCCGUGUACGACUGGUCAGCUUCGCAGACGUUCAACUUCCCAGCUGAUGUCGUGGUGGCCUCAGAAGUGCUCUAUGACCCUUCAGAGGCUUUGCAGGUCUCGGUGAGCGCAAUGAAGCUCAUGGGCGAGGCUCCUCAGCUGCGGAACUGCCGCUUGCUGAUCACCGACCCCAGGAGGGAGCGCUGUCCGGGUACCCGGGAAGCCUUGGCAACAGGAUUGCGCCAGGCUGGAGCCACCGUGGAGCUCUACGAGGCGCCGACACCUUGUUUGGGAGAUGGCUUGCAAGAUCAGGAGGAUGUGGCUGUGAUCGAUGCCAUUUGGAAGUGACGGACAAGUUUUU